CUCCGAGCAGAGCGCAUCUACCCACAGUCAAGCCGCCUUCAAACAAAAAAAAAGGAAAAAAUUACAACUGUUAUUGCUCCCCAACAAUUUUAACGUUCAUUUAAAUCCUGCUGUUUUUAAUCCACAUUGAAAUAGAUAUAUAUUUUGAAACUGCUUUUUAAUCCACUGAGCCUUUUCAAAUGUAUAAAAUGGAAUAUUCUUACCUCAAUUCCUCCGCCUACGAGUCAUGUAUGGCCGGGAUGGACACUUCGAGCCUGGCAUCAGCCUAUGCGGACUUCAGCUCCUGUAGCCAGGCCGGCGGGUUCCAAUACAACCCGAUUCGAACCACGUUCGGAGCCUCCUCCGGCUGUCCCUCCCUCACCGCGGGAUCCUGCAGCCUCGGCACGCUGCGGGACCACCAGAGCAGCCCGUACGCCGCAGUGCCCUACAAGUUGUUCACGGAUCACGGCGGUUUGAACGAGAAGCGGAAGCAGCGGCGCAUUCGGACUACGUUCACGAGCGCGCAACUGAAGGAGUUGGAGCGAGUAUUCGCGGAGACGCACUAUCCCGACAUCUACACGCGCGAGGAGCUGGCGCUGAAGAUCGACCUCACCGAGGCGCGCGUGCAGGUGUGGUUCCAGAACAGGCGCGCAAAAUUUCGCAAGCAAGAGCGCGCGGCAGCCGCUGCAGCCGCAGCCGCCAAAAACGGAUCUUCCGGGAAGAAGUCGGACGCUCGGGAGGAUGAAAGCAAAGAACCGAAAGUUACUGACCCAGACAGUACGGGAGGCCCGGGUCCCAACCCAAACCCCAGCUGUGGUGGACCUAGUCCGACUGGAGGACAGGGCAACCCCGGAGCCAACGGGCCAGUGGAACAGGUGAAGACGUCGACACCGGGCGGUCUGGGAGGCACCACACCGAACCAGGGAUGGGCCUCGGCUCCCGGAACCAUCACGUCCAUCCCGGACUCAUUAGGAGGACCGUUCGCGAGCGUGCUGUCUUCAUUGCAGAGACAGAACGGAGCCAAAGCCACUUUAGUAAAGACCAGCAUGUUCUGAAGCGCGAGGAGAGAUGCUUGAAACAUCGAAAUAAUUUAAAAACGAACACUUAAAACUGGCGACUGUACUGCCCAGAGUAAAACGAGAGGGAUUUAAAAAAAUACACUCGAAGUCCGAAGCAGAGGGUGGAAGAGAGAACAUUAUUGGUCGCCAAAUCGAUGUGGAUCCCUCUGACCACCUUUGAUGUUACAUUUCUCCAUCAGGAUCCGGGCAGCACAGGAAAUGAGUAUUGAACAUUUGAUUGUUUUUACCCAUCGGCCUCGUUAUGAUACAUUACGGUGGUUUUGAUCAGCACUUGCGUCAUUCCAUGAAGGAAACAAUCUGCCACCGUGUAUGUUUGGCGAUAGGCUAGCUCUUUCCCCGGUAUAAAACUAUAAUACUGUACUAAACCUUUUCCAAGCCAGAGCAUACAUUAUUUCAUCGAUAGCCUAUUUUUGUUUGCCUAAGAUGAUUAAGCCCCAUGGCUGGUAAUCGCCAUGUACACCGUUUCAAUUUAUGGAUGAAAAAAUAUUUGUUUUUAUUUCACUUACAAUUGUCGCGACAAAUUUAGUUCAUAUAUAUUUUCGACCAAAGGCACAAACUACAAAUUUCAAUGUUAACAAGAAUAAUUCAGAACAUUGUGUGAGUUUCUACGGCUGUGUUUGUGUGGCUCAAUUGUAUAGUGUUAAUACAAGUGUAAAAUUGUCUUCUAUAGUUCUAUAGUUAUGUUUACCCUUGUACUUUAUUGAGGCUUUUUGACGUUUUACAAGGUCACCACGGGUUUAUUUCUUUCGUUUUCAAAGGAAGUGUUCCAACAUUGUAUUUAUUAAAAUCUGAUUUGCAUGUUGUCCUUUUCAGUCCAAUUUUAUGAUUAUCCAUUUCCCUUUUUGUGAGCAUAAUAUUGCAGGUUUUGUUCAGGAUUUGAAAGCUAUUUAUAUGUAGGUAUAACGGAUACUUAUAUUUAAGAGGGAAAUAUUUCUACAUGUGCAUAGUUUUCCAGGAGUGUACCAUUGACUUGGUUGUUAAUAAAAUGAUGAGAAAA